AUGGCAGAGGGGCCGGAGGAAGCCCAAGGCAGCCCUCCCGGACAAGACGGAAGCGGAGGGGACCAUGAUCCCGGCUCUUCCCUGAGAGGCUCUCCCGCUGUCACCACUCCACGCCCCCAGGCCGGGUUGCAAACUGAACCCCAGGCCCUGGGCAAGCCACCAAGCCCGGGCCUCGCGCUCGCUGCGGCCGCUGCGGAGGAGUCGGAGCCGCCGCGCGAUCCCGGGGAGGCAGCCUCUGGUUCUGGUGUCGAGCUGCAGGCAUCGACAGGUUGCGAAACGCUGGAGGCCGCGGCUCCGCGGGAGAGGCCAGCGCGCCUGAGCGCCUGCGAGUACUCCCGGCAGGUGCACGAGUGGCUGUGGCAGUCCUAUUGCGGCUACCUCACCUGGCACAGUGGCCUCGCUGCCUUCCCCGCCUACUGCAGCCCCCAGGUGCCCCCACCAACGUAUCCGACGGCUGGCGCUGGAGCCGCUUCCCAGGCCGCGGCGCCACCGCCCCCCCACCUGGGCUAUUACAAUCCCUUUUACUUCUUGAGCGCGGCUGCCACCGGGCCUGACCCGGGAGCUGCUGCGGGUAUCGCCACCCCUGCUCCAGUCGCCGGCCUGGGACCUCGGGCUCCUCAUGUGCAAGGAUCCGUCAGGGCAGCCCCAGUGACGAGGGUAGGACCCGCUGCCUCCUCGCGAACCCCGAGCGAGACCGGGAGGCAGGCAGGGAGAGAGUAUGUUAUACCAUCCUUGGCCCACAGAUUUAUGGCAGAGAUGGUGGAUUUCUUUAUUCUCUUCUUUAUAAAAGCAACCAUUGUCUUAAGCAUUAUGCAUCUCAGUGGAAUAAAAAACAACUUGCUAAAAAAUAAAAUGGGUCAUCAAGAAAUAUUACAAUACAUGUCUCGUGGUAUUGAAAACAUUGAGACCUGCAGAAAUACAAUAAUUUGCAUUUGGGGAGCAGGUGGAGCUACCCCAGGGAAGUUCCUGCUAGGGCUUCGGGUUGUGACAUGUGACACAUCAGUGCUUAUUGCACCAAGUCGGGUUUUAGUGAUUCCUUCCUCGAAUGUUAGCAUUACAACGUCCACCAUACGAGCUUUGAUCAAGAAUUUUUCUAUUGCUUCUUUCUUCCCUGCUUUCAUCACACUGCUGUUUUUUCAGCAUAAUCGAACAGCCUAUGACAUUGUAGCAGGAACUAUUGUGGUAAAAAGAAAUGGGGUCAGAUGA